AUGCUUGAAAUCUAUUAUCAGAACGUCAGAGGCUUAAGAACUAAAACCAAUAAUGUCUUCAAGAAUAUUACUAACUCAAAUUACAAAGUUAUUGUAUUCACGGAAACAUGGCUAAACGAUAACAUCGAAAACAAUGAAUGGAUUGAUUCCCGUUACGUCGUCUAUAGGAAGGAUCGAAUUCAUUCUUCUUCAUCAAAAAAAGAUGGUGGAGGGGUAGCUAUUGCAGUUGCAAAAGAAAUUCUAUCUUUUAGAGCUUCAUAUUUGGAUAAUGACCACGAAGUCGUAUGGGUUAUAAUUGAAACGAAAAUAAAUAAAAAUAUAAGGAAACUUGCGGUGUGUGCCGCCUAUUUACCACCACCAGUUAAAUUAGAAAACCUCAAUAAUAUUCUUGAAAAUAUAGACUCGGCGUCAAAUAAAGUGGAUGAUAUAAUAGUGCUUGGUGACUUUAAUAUGGGUUUUAUAAGCUGGAGCUCUGAUGUUCGGGGACAUGCUAGUGCAUCAAGUUUUAGUACACCACUAGGUUUUUCAUUAAUUGAUUUUAUGGCCUUAAAUAAUUUGCAUCAAUACAAUAGUAUCGGUAAUCUUGAUGGUAAGGUGUUAGAUCUAGUAAUUAGUAACGUACCCAAUAUAUCGGUUUCGCGUCCCCUUGAGUUGUUAAGUGCGAAAUAUAUGUUCGCGUACGAAUCAGGGCUACAUUUUAAAAAAGAACCGGCGGAAGGUCGAAGAUGCGGUAUUUGCCCAACAUACUUCGAAAAGUUGUGUGCGUUUAACUUUGAUACCAAUGAAACGUACAUAUUCGAUAAUAUUUGUAUAAUGGACUUAUAUAAUUGUAUUCAUGACACAGACUUUAUCAAAUUAAAGUACGAAAACUGUCUCUACUUUGGAAAUUUUGCUUACGUUCAUGGAUUUAAAUAUGAGGACUACGACUAUGAGGAAGAUCACUUCAGUAUCACGCACGCAAAAAAGAAUCCAGAUUUUGCAAGA